GAGCACUCGCGGACGAGCCAUUUUGAAAAGUCCAGUGUGGCGCGAGAAGGAAACUUUGCGGAGAUUUUGUCUUGUUGCAGACAGAUUUUAUAGUUUUGUUUCACAAAAUGUCUGAUAGCGAAGAAUCACAGGGUGCACCGGCCCCGCCUGAACCUUUCAGUCAACCGCCUCCCUUCAAGUUGAAGAGUCCACCGAAGGGUAAUGACACUGGAGAAACCAAAGCUGAAUAUGAUGCAAAGAUGGCCAAGGACCGAGCCACCAGGUUCGGUUUCCUUCUUCAGCAGACAGAGAUCUUUACCCAUUUCAUGAGUGCUACUAGCAGUGUCAAGUCCCCAACCAGCCCACUCAAGCUCAAACCAGGGAGACCGAGAACCAAGAAAGAUGACAAAGCAAAACUCUCCUCAGUCGGAGACCACCGUCAUCGUAUGACUGAGCAGGAAGAAGAUGAGGAACUCUUGAUGGAGUCCCGCAAGGCUACCAGCGUCAUCACACAGUUUGAGAAGUCACCGUCUUACAUCAAGAAUGGAGAGAUGCGUGAUUAUCAGAUACGAGGCCUGAACUGGAUGAUCUCGCUCUAUGAACAUGGCAUCAAUGGCAUCUUAGCUGAUGAAAUGGGUCUGGGUAAGACUCUUCAGACCAUCUCCCUCCUAGGAUACAUGAAGCAUUAUCGUAACAUCCCCAGUCCUCACCUCAUCAUCUGCCCAAAGUCUACACUUGCCAAUUGGAUGGCUGAGGUGGAACGCUGGUGCCCAUCGCUACGAGGGGUUUGCCUUAUUGGAGAUCAGAAUACAAGGGCGGCCAUUAUAAGAGACGUCAUGAUGCCGGGUGAAUGGGAUGUGUGUGUCACGUCCUAUGAGAUGGCUAUCAGGGAAAAAUCCGUCUUUAAGAAGUUCAACUGGCGUUACUUGGUCAUUGAUGAGGCGCACCGCAUCAAGAAUGAGAAGUCCAAGCUGUCAGAGAUUGUGCGUGAGUUCAAGACAACCAACCGUCUACUACUGACUGGUACUCCGCUUCAGAACAACCUCCAUGAGCUCUGGGCACUCCUGAACUUUCUACUUCCAGACGUCUUCAAUUCUUCCGAGGAUUUUGAUGCCUGGUUCUCCACUGAGGGCUGUCUGGACACAGAUAACACAAGUUUAGUCUCUCGUUUACAUGCUGUUCUGCGGCCAUUCUUGUUGAGACGUCUGAAGGCAGAUGUGGAGAGAGGCCUACUACCCAAGAAAGAAACCAAGAUCUAUGUUGGUCUGAGCAAAAUGCAGCGGGAAUGGUACACCAAGAUCCUGAUGAAGGACAUCGACGUUGUCAAUGGAGCAGGCAAAACAGAGAAGGUUCGCCUGAUGAACAUCUUGAUGCAUCUACGGAAAUGCUGCAAUCACCCGUACCUGUUUGAUGGUGCUGAGCCCGGCCCUCCAUUCACCACCGAUAAGCAUCUGGUAGACAACGCUGGCAAGCUGGUAGUCCUUGAUAAACUACUCGGGAAAAUCCAAGAGGAUGGCUCUCGGGUACUCAUCUUCAGUCAGAUGACCCGUGUCUUGGACAUCUUGGAAGAUUACUGCACCUGGCGAGGUCACAACUACUGCCGAUUGGACGGACAGACCCCCCACGAAGAAAGACAGAAAAGCAUCAAUGCUUUCAACUUACCAGGCAGUGAAAAGUUUGUCUUCAUGCUGAGUACAAGGGCAGGUGGUCUGGGGAUCAACCUGGCUACAGCUGAUAUCGUGAUCCUAUAUGACAGUGAUUGGAAUCCACAGGUGGAUCUGCAGGCUAUGGAUCGCGCUCAUCGUAUCGGUCAGACCAAGCAGGUCCGUGUCUUCCGUUUCAUCACUGAGAACACCGUGGAGGAACGCAUCGUUGAACGAGCUGAGACGAAACUACGACUGGACAACAUUGUCAUCCAAGCUGGUCGUCUGGUUGAUCAGAAUAUGAAGGUCGGUAAGGACGAAGCUCUGGCUAUGAUCCGCUAUGGAGCCAACUUCAUCUUCUCCUCUAAGGAUUCUACUGUCACAGACGAAGAUAUCGAUCACAUCUUGGAGAGAGGUGCUAAGAAGACGGAAGAGAUGAAGAAGAAGUUGGAGAAGCUGGGCGAAUCAGCUCUUGGUACUUUCACCCUGGACACUAAUGAGAGCAUCUACUCCUUUGAAGGGCAAGACUUCCGAGAGAAACAGAAAAGCACCAGCAUCAAUUGGAUUGAACCUCCGAAGAGAGAACGCAAGGCUAACUAUGCUGUGGAUGCAUACUUCAGGGAAGCAUUGAGAGUCAGUGAGCCCAAAGCACCUAAGGCGCCAAGGCCUCCCAAGCAGCCCAAUGUACAAGACUUUCAGUUCUUCCCUCCAAGGCUCUUUGAACUUUUAGACAAAGAGAUUUACUCUUACAGGAAGAUGAUUGGCUACAAGGUGCCCCUGAACCCUGAGGUUCCCCACCCAGUACAGGCUCGCAAGGAGGAACAGAGGAAGAUUGAUGAAGCUGAGCCGUUAGUUGAGGAGGAAAUACAGGAGAAAGAAGACUUGCUGACUCAGGGUUUCACCAACUGGUCCAAACGUGACUUCAACCAGUUCAUCAAGGCAUGUGAGAAGUAUGGACGAGAUGAUGUGGACAACAUCUCCAGGGAUGUGGAGGGAAAGACACCUGAAGAGGUGCAAGAAUACAUGGCUGUGUUCUGGGAUCGUUGCCAUGAGUUGACAGAUAUUGAGAAGAUUAUGGCCCAGAUAGAGCGAGGAGAAGCCAAGAUACAACGCAAGAUUAGCAUCAAGAAGGCACUGGACUCCAAGAUGGCCAGGUACCGAGCUCCCUUUCAUCAACUACGUCUCUCCUACGGCACCAACAAAGGCAAGAACUGGACUGAAGAGGAAGAUCGUUUCUUGGUUUGCAUGCUACACAAGCUGGGCUUUGACAAGGAGAAUGUGUACGAUGAACUACGGACGGCUGUCAGACAGGCUCCACAAUUUCGAUUUGAUUGGUUCUUGAAGUCACGAACAGCCAUGGAGCUGCAGAGACGCUGUAACACGCUGAUCACACUGAUCGAGCGGGAGAACCAAGAGUUGGAGGAACGUGAGAAGGCAGAGAAAAAGAAACAGGUCAGGGCAAAAGGAGGCAUGCCAACACCCAAGGGGAAAGGAGAGAAGAGAAAGGCGGAAGCCACCCCAGACCCUCGCAUCAAAUCCAAGAAGAAGAAGUGAACAUCUUAUCCCAGAUGAGAAAGAAGUACUCCAAAGAUAGGGUAACACUGGUUUAAGAUAGUCGGCACCCUUUAAUCUGUGAUAUGAAGCUUGUCAUGCAAUGUGUAUUUUUUUGUCAAUAUGAAAUUCAUGGUUGUCCUUGUACUUUCAUGCUUUUGUGAAGCAACAUUUUCAAAACACAGUUGUAUUGAUUGAUUUUGCACUAAUGUACGUGUCUGUGACUGUAAGAUAAAAACCUGUCUGUUAUGCUUUUAGUUUUGGGCAGUAAAUCUGUCGGGCCAGCUAACUCUGAGAUUUAGAAAUGUGGAGUUAUUUAUUGAGGCAGUGGACACAGUGCUUUGGUAAUAAGACAUAAUGAAGACUGAUAUUUAAUCCGAAGUACCUCUUGUAAAUAAACAUCCUAAUAAUCUUUAAAAGAAUCACUCCACAUUUGAGAUAAACGUCAGUUUCCUACCAGCAUUUAUGUUUAUAUUGUGCGCAUGUGUGUGACACACCCCCAGUAUACCACAGUAAAUGCACAUUUAUGAGGAGUCGUUGAGAGUAUUGGAGCAGUCUCUAAAAUAAAACAGCUUCUUGGUUUCGCCUUUUCUGACAUAUUGGCCUGGGUUUUUCCUCACACCUAGGUGUCCUACACGUAACGUCCUGUAUAUAGAUUUUGAUUGUAAGCUUUAGUUUGCUGGUAAAUUAUUUACUUUGCUUUUUCUUCCCAGCUUUUUUCAUUGAAGUAAGCCCAAGUUACUUAUCUGUGUUGCUUUUUAUAACUGACGUGUACAUUCCGCAUAAAUGUUAAUUUUAAUCCAAGCAUAAACGUUGAGCAUUACUUGUAAAGCUCGUCCUUAGUGUCGCUACAUUUUCUUUAUCUUUGUGGAGUUUGCAACAACUUUCAUUUCUGAAUGACCAAAUGUGUGUCAGUUAAUUACCAGGCACACAGUACAUAUUUAUUGUCGUGAUGAACAACCUCUUGACUAAUUGGAUUUUGAUCUGUCAAAUUGUGCAAACACAAAGCUACAAGAACAUGGCUAACUAUAUUUUGAGAAAAUUUCAGUUUUACCUGCUUCUAAGAGAAGUUGUUUAAGUUUAGAAUCACUUAACAAUCACUGUUUGCUUAAGCAAAAAAAAAGGGAACAUCUUUACAACACCGCUGUCUGAUUUAUUUUAUCAUUGUCAAUGUAUGUGUUUUGUUACAAGUUGUGAAGACUUAAAUGCUCAACUAAUAUUGCAAGGGAUUUUUUCUUCGUCCCGUUUACUUACAAGUGCUAGAAACGACUGGUCUCUAGUCUGUAUUUAUUCAUGAGUAUGGCUCUUUAAUGUCUGUUUGUUUAGGUGUCUUGUACUAGAAUCAAAUAAACUGUUUUAAAAAGGAAAA